CAACUGGGUACAAGAUGGCUGUCUGGAAACGAAGAAUUUGUUUUGCAUCUUUGUAAGAAUCAGUUAUUGUUUAAGGACUGUAGCUAACAGAAAAUAAUUUUCUGGUCAGGCAGUUUGUUAGGCCUAUGUUUGUGCCAAUUACGCAGUUGCGAACACGCUUCAAGAAUCUCCAAAAAGUUAAGUUGGAUUUAGCCUAAGUUGUUUCAUGCGUAGCCUAAGCUACUCUAUGAAAAGCUGAGAAUACAGUUAGGUAGGCUAUUAUAGAGAAACGGAAUUGUUUUGAGUUGGGAGUUUACAUGCAUUUUAAAGUUGGCUAGUCAACUUUUUUGUUAGUUGUUCGCUGUGAGCGUGGGUUUGGGAAUUCACUCCAGUUAAUCUAGCUACUUCUUUAGCACCAACAUUCGGUGACAACCUAAAUGUUCAGACUGCAGUAACAGUUUACAACUAUGAGUUCCCCGCGAAUCAAGACUAAUCAGUCUCAAAAUCAGAACGCCCGACCAACAGCGGAUGCUGUGGGUGUAUCUUUGCCGCAUAGACUGGAUUCAAGCGAGGGCAUUGAGAUGGAAAGAAUCCAUCAUCAGAAUUUAGACCCUGGAGCAACCCCGGGCACGCCAUCGCCCCCCACCUCAAGCUCAAGGCAAGCCUGGAGCCGUGACAACCCUGGGUUUGAGCCCGAAGAGGAGAUGAUGGAAUCAGACUGGCCGCCAGCGAGUCCUGGCCGAAGGUCCGUGUCCACGGGUUCGAGUAGCAGUGGGAGCAGCGGCCUUGGAAGCUUCACCGGGGGUAGCAGUACGCGGAUACAUAGAGGACUUUACCCAACACCUACUGUGGAUCUCCCUCAACAGGAGAGGCAUGAUCAUCGUAGUUGCGGCAAGAGGAUCCUUGAGAAAAUAAGAAUUUUGUGGGGCACACGGCUUUUAGAGGACAGCGACAGUAGCAGGGAGAGAUACCUGAAGAAUGUUCUCCGCGAGAUGGUCACCUACAUCGUCUUCCUCAUCACUCUGUGCAUCUUGACAUAUGGGAUGGUGAGCACCAACAUGUACUAUUACACCAAAGUCAUGUCUCAACUGUUCCUGGACACACCAAUAGCCAAUGGAGAUCCAACCUCAUUUAAAACCGUAUCUUCCAUGGAUGACUUCUGGAAGUAUGCAGAAGGGCCCUUUCUCAAUGGGAUGUACUGGGAAGUGUGGUACAACAACAAGACCCUUCAGGAGAACCAGAGCCUCAUCUACUACGAGAACCUCCUGCUUGGGGUCCCACGCCUUCGGCAGGUCAAAGUUAGAAAUGAAUCUUGCACUGUCCAUGAAGACCUGAGGGACAGGGUGCAGGACUGCUACAGCAUGUACUCUCCUACCAAUGAAGACAGAGCCGCAUUUGGGCUCAAGAAGGGCACCCCGUGGGUGUACUCGGACGGCAGUAGCCUGGGCGGAGGCAGCCACUGGGGGGAGGUGGGCACCUACGGAGCGGGCGGGUACUACCAGGACCUGUCCCGAGGCCGAGACGAGUCAGCCAAUCAGCUGCAAGCGCUGAAGAACAAUCUGUGGUUGGACCGUGGCACCAGAGCCGUGUUUCUGGACUUCUCUGUCUACAAUGGAAACAUCAACCUCUUCUGCAUCGUCAGGCUAGUGGUUGAGUUCCCAGCCACGGGGGGUGCCCUAACCUCCUGGCAGUUCCAGACGGUGCGUCUGAUCCGCUACGUGUCCAGCUGGGACUGCUUCGUGGGGCUGUGUGAGGUGGCCUUCUGCUUCUUCGUGCUCUACUACCUUGUGGAGGAGGCGCUGGAGAUUCGCCUGCACCGCCUGCACUACUUCAAGAACCUGUGGAACUGCCUGGACGUCCUGCUCAUCAUACUGUGUGUCCCGGCCAGCAUCAUGAACAUCUGCAGGACGGCCAUGGUGAACAGCAACCUCCAGUAUCUGCUGGACCACACCUCCCAUCCUAAUUUUGUGUCCCUGGCACAACUCCAGGUGCAGUUCAAUAACCUGGCCGCCAUCAUUGUCUUCCUCGCUUGGGUGAAGCUCUUCAAGUUCAUCAACUUCAACAAGACGAUGAGCCAGUUGUCCACCACCAUGUCCCGUUGUGCCAAGGACCUCAUAGGCUUCGCCAUCAUGUUCUUCAUCAUCUUCCUCGCUUAUGCCCAGUUGGGUUAUCUGGUGUUUGGGACCCAAGUGGAUGACUUCAGCACCUUCCAAGCAUGCAUAUUCACACAGUUCCGGAUCCUUCUGGGAGAUUUUGACUUCUCAGAGAUCGAAGAGGCUAAUGGGAUUCUGGGACCAAUUUACUUCAGCUCGUUUGUCUUCUUCAUGUUCUUCAUCUUACUGAACAUGUUUUUGGCCAUCAUCAACGACACUUACUCCGAAGUUAAAACCGACAUGUCCCAGCAGCGUUCUGAGAUGGAGAUGAGUGACCUCAUCAAGAAGGGUUACAACAAAGCCAUGGUGAAGCUGCGGCUGAAGAAGACCACUGUGGACGACAUCUCAGACAGCCUGCGCCAGGCGGGAGGGAAGCUCAACUUCGACGAGCUCCGCCAGGACCUCAAAGGGAAGGGACACACAGAUGCUGAGAUCGAGGCCAUCUUUGCCAAGUAUGACCUCGACGGGGACCAGGAGCUGACUGAGCACGAGCACCAGCAGAUGAGAGACGACCUGGAGAAAGAGAGAGAGGACUUGGAUCUGGAGCGGAGCACGCUGCCCAGGCCAAUGAGCGGGCGGAGCUUGUCCCGUAGCCAGGACGACUCGGAGGAGGAUGACGACGAAGACAGCGGCCACAGCUCCCGUCGCCGUGGGAGCAGCUCUGGAGGCGUGUCCUACGAGGAGUUCCAAGUCUUGGUGCGGAGGGUGGACCGUAUGGAGCACUCCAUCGGUAGCAUCGUGUCCAAGAUCGAUGCGGUCAUUGUGAAGCUGGAGGCCAUGGAGCGAGCCAAGCUGAAGAGGAAGGAUGUGCUGGGCAGACUGCUGGACGGAAUGACAGAGGAUGAGCGCGCGGGCAGGGAUCCCGAGCAGCACCGGGAGCAGAUGGAGCGGCUGGUGAGGGAGGAGCUGGAACGCUGGGAGUCAGACGACACCAUCUCCCAGGUCAGUCAUCAGCAAGGCACUCCCAUUGGUCCAGGAGCUCCGCACCGCCCACGCAGCGCCCGCCCCUCCUCCUCGUUGUCCACUGAGGGCGCAGAAGCCCCGGGCAGCGUGUGAGAAGACCCCUCCCCCUUACGUUGCAUAAUGUUCAAUGUUUUUUCAAAGAAGUGAUGCUGGACCAAAUGAAAGAAGUAACUCUACAAUAACUAGAAAAGCACUCAGAGAGCGCAGACCUCCGUCUGGAUUGUUCUUCCUAGGUUGUCAUACAUUUGAACCUAAACUAUUCAGAUCGCCACCACGUGGCCAUACCAUGCCAUUACACCCCUAAGCGAAACACAUAAACGGCUCUGGAUUCAUCGAAAUCCAUCCGUUACUUUUUGAGUUAUCUUGCUAACAAACAGACAGACAGACAAACAGACAGGCAAACAAACAGACAAACAUACGCCGGUCCCCGAUGAAAACAUAACCUCCUUGGCGGAGGAAAUUAGGGCCAAGAGAAAGACAAUUCAAUUCUGCUGCUUUGCCAGGUCUGUAUGUGAAGAUGGCAAUUGACAACCCAUUGACAACCCCACCCUUAGUAUGCCAUUCGUUGUGAAAUAGUGGCUGGUCACUUUUUAAGAUGCAUUGCUGGGUUUUUAGCAUCUACCAGAGUGAAAAAAACGCCUUUCAUUAUAUUGGUCUGAAGGCUAAUCAUGAGUAUGUGUUCUUCACCGUCACUUGAUUUGACUUGGAUGAAAGGGACUUGUAUGCGUUGUUAGCAUACUGUAGCUCUUGCUGAUUGAGUGCAAAUAUUUCUUUAGUCAAGCUUGCAUUGCAUGGUUAGGCCUUCCUGUUGGACAAAGAAAAGUCUUCAGUGCAAUUUGAGUAAAACAUUUCAUUUCUGUGCUUAAUCUUAUGAAGGAAUUAUGCAUGUGUUCACUGCUGUGCAAUACAAAAUAUAGGGCAACAUUACCAAUAGUGUUAUAACACAAUAAUGAAGGAUGCAGUAUUAUAUUCUUAUCACAAGAAAAUGAGCAAUUUGCACAUCAACAUACUCAACAUCAGCAAGCACCGAAGACACGGUGUGAAAGUUGAGGAGGACUAUUUGAAGGCUUCAUUGGCCUCUGCAGAACAACAGUCUGUUGUUGAUCACACACACAGGUACACUCAUAUUGCAUGCAUGGGCUGUAUAAAGCUUAUGAAACACAGUUACGUUCCAUAUGUAUAUGACACAUGGUGAAGUUCAAGGAUGGUUUGGACCUGAACAGAUUUUACUGAAGGGUUUGGGUGCAAGUUCAUACUGACAGUAGCCACGUUUAUAUGGACAGUUUCUUGUCAUUCCGAUUAAGCAUUCCGAUUGAAAAAUGCCUUCCGUUUACAUGGGGUACUUUCUAUUCCGAUCAGGUACUCUCAAGCGCUGUAGAAUGUUUGAUCGGAAUAGCCGUUGUUGCCUAAUUUUCCUUGAGAAGAUACAGCAGUCAGUCCGAAUGACCGCAUGAGUGUUCAUUUGGAAUAGGAGCGGACUACAACACCACCCAGAAUUCUGAUUAAAAUUUUGAUCGGAUCAGGAAUUUUUUUUUUUUUAAAGGUUAUUUUUUGGGCUUUUUAUGCCUUUAAUUGGACAGGACAGUAGAGAGAAUGACAGGAAGCGAGUGGGAGAGAGAGCUGGGGUGGGAUCCGGAAAGGACCACGGGGCGGGAAUCGAACCCGGGUCGCCAGUGUGCAGUGCAGGUGCCCCAGCCAGUUGCGCCACGGCUGGGGCCCGGAACAGGAAUAUUUUUUAUUCUGACUCUGGUGUUUAUAUGACAAUUUUUAUUCCGACUGAGCUAUUAUUCCGUUUCUAAUCGGAAUAGAAGUGUCCAUGUAAACGUGGCUAGUGACAGUUGUUAUGAUGAAUUAAAGGGAACCAGUACUACAUCAUUUCCAUCUGCCUUCCUGUUGUGUCAGCCAUGAGCUUUUGUGUUUAUUUUUAUCAAAGAAUAGCUCUGCAGGUACACGCAAUAUUGAAUUCACUGUUCACUUUUAUAUUUAAGGUACAGACGUGUGGCACAUUUGGUCAGGCAUGUUUUUAUAUAUACAGUAUAUAUAUAAGCUUGGUCACAGUUAACUCUCUUAUAUAUGAACACAUAUGGUACAUAUUGUAAGUUCAAACAAACUUCGAUUUGGAGUGCAUCUUAGGUUCAUGGGAAACCCAUGUGUACAUUUUGGUACAAUUUUGUACUUUGUGGAAUUGAUGUUUGGAGCUCAAGUGUGUUUUAUAUCAUUUUCCGACAUUAUAUUGAGAAUGUGUUGAUAUUCACAAUAAAAUCUUGUAGAAAGAC